AGGUGAUGACAAUUAUAUAAACUAGAAUUUAAAUUGGAUUUUGAAUGAUAUGAAAUCUAUUAUUAUAUUACUACGGUAUCGAAAUGAGCACGCAUGCUCAGUAUCGCCUUUGUGUGGUUGACUGCAGAACCAACUAGCUACAUAGCAGCAACGGCUAGCCUUAAACGUUUAAGCUAGACGCCACAGCGGUAGCUAGCCCGUUAGCCGUGCAGCUAAUCAUGGUGAAUGUAAAAAAGCGGAAAGGACGGGUCGUGAUCGACUCCGAUUCCGAAGACAGUGCGAGCGACGACAAUUUAGACGAGGAGCUGUUGUCUUUGGCAAAGAGGAAGAGGGUGGAUUCAGGUGAGCAGGAGGAGCCAGUUAGCAAGCCUGCAGCUUCUACCGACUCAGAGACAUCUGACAGUGAUGAUGAGUGGACUGUGGGUGGCACCAAAGGCAAAAAGAAGGUCAAGCAAGGGAAAGGUUCUGAGAAGAAAAAUGCUACGAAGAAGAAGGUUAAUAAAGCAACGGCGUCCGGCAGCUCAGAUGGAGAUAGCUCAGCUGAGAGCUCUGCACCUGAGGAAGGUGAAGUGUCUGAUUCAGAGAGCAACAGUUCGUCCUCCAGCUCGGACUCGGACUCAUCCGAGGACGACGAGUUCAGGGAUGGCUAUGAUGACGACCUGAUGGGAGACGCAGAGGACAGAGCCCGUUUAGAGCAGAUGACAGAAAAGGAAAGAGAGCAAGAAUUGUUCAACAGAAUUGAAAAGAGAGAGGUGCUGAAGAGACGGUUUGAAAUUAAGAAAAAGCUGAAGACUGCAAAGAAGAAGGAGAAAGAGGAGAAGAAAAAGAAGCAAGAGGAGGAGCAAGAAAAAAGGAAGCAAUCUCAGGUUCAAGAUACACAAGUGGUCAUGUCACACAACAAGGAGAGGCGAUCCAAACGUGAUGAAAAGCUCGACAAAAAAUCCCAGGCCAUGGAAGAACUUAAAGCGGAGCGUGAGAAGAAGAAAAACAAAACAGCGGAACUCUUGGCCAAACGUCAGCCCCUGAAGACAAGCGAAGUUUACUCUGAUGAUGAAGAGGAAGAGGAGGAAGAUGACGACAAGUCGUCAGUCAAGAGCGAUCGGAGUUCACGCUCAUCGUCUUACGACGAUGACGAAAAAGAAGAGACUCCACCAAAGUCGCAGCCUGUUUCGCUUCCAGAUGAGCUAAAUAGGAUCCGUCUGUCCAGACACAAGCUGGAGCGCUGGUGCCACAUGCCCUUCUUUGCUAAGACAGUGACCGGCUGCUUUGUGAGGAUAGGGAUUGGAAACAGCAGUAGCAAACCAGUUUAUAGGGUGGCUGAAAUUGUGGAUGUGGUGGAGACAGCAAAGGUUUACCAACUCGGAUCAACACGAACAAACAAAGGGUUGCAAUUAAGGCAUGGCGGCGACACGCGGGUUUUUAGGCUUGAGUUUGUAUCAAAUCAGGAGUUCACAGAAAAUGAGUUCAUGAAGUGGAAAGAGGCGAUGAUAGUGGCCGGUAUGCAAGUCCCAACGCUCGAUGAAAUCACCAAAAAGGAGCAGUCCAUCAAAGAGGCUCUGAACUAUAAGUUCAAUGACAAAGACAUAGAGGAUAUUGUUAAAGAAAAGGACAGAUUCCGAAAAGCGCCUCCAAACUAUGCCAUGAAGAAAACACAGUUACUUAAGGACAAGGCCAUGGCAGAAGAGAGCGGAGAUGGCGAGAAAGUGAAAGUGAUCCAGGACGAGCUGAACGAGCUUGAGGAACGAGCAGAGGCGCUUGAUCGCCAGAGGACCAAGAACAUCUCUGCCAUCAGCUACAUUAAUCAAAGGAACAGAAGCUGGAACAUUGUUGAAUCUGAGAAAGCACUUGUGGCUGAAGGACAGAACGCCAAAAACCAACAAAUGGAUCCUUUCACACGAAGACAGUGCAAACCCACCAUGGUGUCUAAUGCAAGAGACCCAUCAGUCCACGCAGCUAUUCUUGCCCACCUGAAUCAGAAGUACGGCUCUGGGUCAACACCCGAUCCUUCUAGUGCAGAGAAGAGCAAACUGGGUCAAGCAAACCCAAAAGACAAAGAUGUCCCCAAGCCAACCACUGACCUCUCGGAAGACUUGUUCAAAGUUCAUGACUUUGAUGUGAAGAUUGACCUACAGGUUCCCAAUGCUGAAGCAAAGUCUCUGUCCGUGAGCUCCAACGCGCUGCCGGUGAAGGACGGCGCUCCUCGCAGGUCCCUCAACCUGGAGGACUACAAAAAGAGGAGAGGGCUGAUCUGAUGUGGCCAGUCUGCCGUUCAGAAGCCACACUGCAUGUGUAAUCGGCUGUGCAAAAGAGAGCGAGUGAGUGUGUAUGUGCGUGUGACUGAGCUGUUGAGGGAGAGCGAGUGAGCGCUAAUGGCGGUUGUAUGUUUGAAUGUUGACACAGACUCUAUACCCAGACACAGAGAAAAUACUGAUUAAGCAAAGGCAACAUUUUUCAUAAAGGAUCUCUCUCGGAAGAAACCUGUCCAGAUAUUUGUUGAUUUGUUAUUUUUGCAUUAUUAGACACACUCGUAUACUGAGUUGUGUUUUUUAUGUAUUUAACCCCUUCCCCUUUCUGUUGGAUCAUCCUGACUCCGCUCCGAAAGGACAAUGAGCUUCUGGAUUGUAACACUGAACAAGGACACUAUCUUAGAAGACUUCGAUUGAUGAAGCAUUUUGGGAUGAGUCUGCGUCUAAUGGAGGUGACCAUUCUGAUCUCACAAUCAGAACAUACGGUUGUAAAUGUUUUCCCCACAGUGUGUGGUCAUCUGCCGUUGCAGUCCAUCCUGAAUUUUAGCAGCCUAAUGGUAGAUGAUCACCAUCUCUGAAUGUGGAUCCCAGCUCUCCAUGACAAUUGUGUUAAGUACAGUUCAUCUUAAUUGGACACUUCUCACUUUUUAAAACUUUGAAACAGCCCAAUUUAAGAAGAACCCUUUUUCUAUGGCUGGCCUAUUAAAGUGUUGUUUCAUUUCUGUUAUCUCUUUGUUGGUUGUUCAUGGGAAAACUCCCUUACCCUUAACUCCCAGAGCAGAUUCUAUGUGUUAUUGUGUCCAUAGUCAGUUCCUGUAUUGAUGUGGCAUGCCAUGUAAAUAUGCAUUUUGGAGUGAGUGCGGAAAAAAAUAAAGAGGCACUGUUUCAUAA